AUAUAUAAUUAAAAAUAAAAUAUACUCCGGUAUAUUGUUUAUUAGUUAUAUAAAAUACGGAGUAAUAUUUUAAAAAUAUUUGAUAGAAGGGAGUACUGUUUUUUCACCCUUACUCUCUGCAAUAUCUUUUCCCGAGAAAAACGAGAAAAGUGAUCUGAAAUCGAAGAUAAACCCGACCGAAAUUUCCGUGAUUUGUUGGUUUGCAUACAGAUUUUUCACGAUAUAAAUAAAUAAAUAGAUAAACGCGGAGCUUACACAAAAUCCAGAGAAAUUGGGCCCAGUAGAAAGUAAUGGAGAGCGAAUCGAGAGAGAUCGGCGAGCACGACGAGAGCUCCAGACUGGCGAUCAUGGAGCUGGCCAACAUGAUCAGCGUCCCCAUGUCCUUAAACGCCGUCGUUCGCCUCAACGUCGCCGACGCCAUCUGGCAAGGCGGAUCCAACUCCCCCAUCUCCGCCGCCGACAUCCUCUCCGCCGUCCUCCCUUCCGGCGGCGGCGACGCCGAGAAUCUUCAGCGCAUCCUCCGCAUGCUCACCAGCUACGGCGUCUUCCACGAGCAUCUCGGCCCCGAUAAUGACGCCUCGCCCAGAAGGUAUGUAGGGCCCAAUUUAUCUUCAGGCUGAGCAUUGAAUUUAGAGUAAAUUCUAUGAUUGAGUAUUUUGAGCAAUUUAAAAGGUAAAAUUUGCAUUAAAUAGGACAGAAACAU